AUGUCAUCGUCGUCCUUGAGCACACUGUCCAGCUACAGCAGCGAGUCUCUGUUCUCGAUCCGCGAUAACAGGUCGAAAACCAGCGUCGACCGUCAUCGACCUCGUUCUCGCACUCGAACUCAUGCGCGUGGGCGUUCACCUAGUCGACGUCAUGUUCCUGUGUCGCACAGGACUGAUUCCAGAAGCAGAGUCAAAAAUGGGGCAGGAUCGUUGAUCCCUGUUAGCGCAGUUGCUCCCCCGCGUUCACGAAGCAGGCCUACCAUUCGCACUAAUCUCGAGACGUAUAAUUCACAAUCUUCCAUCAGCGAAUCGUCAGACGGAGACGACGAAGAUAUUUCCAGCCGCAGCCAUCGACGGCGAAGGUCUUCGGGCCUGAGCGAUUUGCCUCAUGGGUCUGGGCAUAACAAUUUCUAUGAUGAUCCCCCGAGGCUAUGCAAACAUUGUCAACGUUCACCAUACCAGAUACACGGCCGUACGGAUGUGCUGCCUGCCCUACAACUCGAUCCUCACUCAAGUCUCAUGGCCGCUUACCGACUGACUCAUCUGACCGGUGCCCCGCCUUCCCCAAUAUCACCCAACUCCCCCAUAUUACCUGUCCAUCUACCGCUCCAUUUACUCCCUACGCUCUCUCCGACAGAGAAGCGUGCUCGACGUCUUGCGGUAGCUCUCGACGCAGAUGACCCAGCGCAAAAAGAUUGGGCCAUGGAAGAGUACGUCAAGCUCGGGCAGGCCGGUCGGCGGCUAGUCCGAGAAGGCGUGUUCGAAGUCGAUCUUCGACCAGAGGACAGUCGGAGCCGAGAAGAAGUAGAGGAGGAAGAGAGAGAGCGGGAGUGGGCUGCCGAAAGGUUCAAGGAAGGAAAAGUGGAAGACAUCUAUCAGAAUGCUGCAGCAAUUUUGAAUCGUCUGUUACAAGCCCAGGAGGAAUGGAACCUUGCCUGGAGAGACGGAGAGUGGCAGAUGACGCCGUCUGUAUUCCGAGAGCCAAGUUCGGAUGUUGCAGAUGAGCCAAUACCCCAGGCGAACAUUGACGAGGCUUUACUUGGUCAUGAUCUCAAGGGCAAGGGCAGGGCAUUUCCCGACGUAUACCCCUCAUUAGUAGAGCAAUCCCCCGCGCCUAUCCUUGUCCCUUUGCCUCAGCCUCGACCUAACUCAACUGGUGGCGACACUGUCAAAGCUAACAGGACUCCCACUAUCAUGGAACAGCCACGUAGCCCGGAUGAGGCCCCAAGUCCCGAGCUUCUCACCUACACUAUGUCUUCCGUUUCUCAAAUACAAAGUCGCGCGCGCACGCAGCCCACCGCAUUUACACCAACUACGGAUAACCUCUCGCGCUAUAGCUACAACUACAGCAACGAGCCUAUUAUGUCGCCUACACCACAGAAUGCGCGCGCUGAUCGCGCCUUCGUCUCCUCUGAUAUUGAAGAUAUUCCCAUUUCUUCUGAUUUUGAGGGCUCCGAUGGGGGUCUGACGACGCCUAGCCAUUCGCGUGUGGGGUCACCUUCGAGGAGGCUCAGGCGCAACCGCUACAUUUCCUCGGGUCUGACGACUCCCGCCCGAUCCCCGUCUCCAUCGCCCGCGCGUACUACAACUCCUCUCCCCGUGCCGGUCCGCUCCCCGUUACGUCUCUAUGGUGGUGCUGGGUCCGAUUCUGAAAUAACGAGCCGUCCACAAUCCCCAUCUCCUACACGCACGCCUUCCCCCUCCCUUUCUGUUGACCUGGCGCCUGGCCCUCCACCAUGUUCCCCGACUCCGCAUGCCACGCAGCUCCCCUUCAAUAUACCCAUGAUCCCUUCUCUUGACCUGCCUUCCUCCUCACAUUCCUUCCCGUCUCAUCCCCCGCUCCCACCAAUCCAGUUUUGGCUGCCAGCGUUGUCAACCAAGCCCGUUGAGACCACGAGCAAAGUUCCGCCCGUGUUUCUCGCUCUUGGCGCGCGCCGCGCUUGCAUACCAUACACACCAGCGUUUCAGGGACUAGAUUUGCGUGUUGUGAGGCCUGUGAGUGCGAGAGAGAAACUGGCCGUUCGAGAUGCUGUGAAUGUUUUGAUGAGACUAGGGGCGAAGGUCGUCGGGAAUGGGAUCGCGCAGAAAAGUAAAGGAGAGAUGUGGAGUCUAAGCUAUGUUGAAUUCUGA